UGGAUCUAUUCCAAAAACUCCCAGCUGAGAUUCGAAUCAAGAUCCUCGGAUCUAUUCCCUCUCAUUCAACAACCGCUCGAUUGAUCCGAGCGUCGCCUUUUGUUCAAUAGCUGUCGAACUCGGCCCUAUCCAACCGGAGCAUAAAAUCCAGUUCACGUGAUGUCACAUCAAUCGCCAUCUCAUUCUCGCAACGUGACUCCCGACUCAACCUCAGCAUCAACAUAUAGCAAGUUCUCUGACUAGUAGAGUGUACGUUUCUGGAACUCUUACAUGAGUCUCCUUUUCGGCCGCAUAAACAAGGAGUUUAAUGCAUGGGUAAAAUGGUCAGGCGAUCUGGGACAAGCUUUGCUGAUUAUAGCUAUGGCAUUUCUUGUACGGCGUUUACGGAAUGAUAUCACUGAAACGGAGUUUCUGAUUAUACCGCAUGGUAGCUGGAUAGUAAUAUGCCUAGGCGCUACAAGAGUCAUGGAGCUUACUGUUGAUCAUUUGCAACAAACUUGUCAAUGGCUUCCGCGACGGGGAGCAUUCUCACCAGUUCCAACUCUUGCAUCAUGGGAUCUUAACUUCCAGUUGAUGGCAAUUCAAUUUGGACAUGGCAAGAGUACCAUUUGUCGAGAGCAGCCUCCCAUCGGAGAUGAUUUCUGGCUUCUAACAGAAAAUGAUAGCCGCAGAACUGGUGCAUCUUCAAUUCGGUGUGGCUUCUGCAAGUAUACUUGGAACCGUAUAUUAUGUCGAACUUGUGAGAGAGACGAGGCUCAUGAUGAUGUCUGGGUUUGCAAACCAUGCUCUGAAAUGAAUCGCCCAUGCACAUUUACCCCCGUCUGUGUGUCACUUGAACUUUGGGGUUCUAACCCGCCUGUGAUCAACCUUUCUCCCUGGUCUAGGUUCCCAGACGGGCCUCACAAAAAUCUUGCGUUCCAUAAUACUCUUUCACCUGCAGAACAAAGAAUGGUGAGCUACAUACAAGAACCAUUCGGGGGACAUUACAACAGUAUUUCUUUGGAACUGCAUGCAGAUAACGAAGUCAGCCUCGGCACUCAGGAUGAUGAUACAGAAGAGGAUGAAGAAGAGGAUGGAGAAGAGGAUGAAGAAGAGGAUGAAGAAGAAGAUGAAGAUGAAGAAUAGGGAAACUCGAUAUGGG